ACUAGAAGAGAGUAGCAAACCGCCACAUUACCAAUGACGCUCGAUUAUGCGGAAUGCGUAGCACGUUAUGUUGGCAGCCUUGCUUUAGUUCACCAUCGCGGCCGCAACGUAGCGUUGGCGUCGUCCAACACCUUUCAUUGUAUUGACUAUUGACUGAUUCUGAACAUAGAGAAUAAUGUAUAAAACUAAGUUAUCGUUUUAUUGUGUUCUUUAUUAGUAAAAUAUACUGUGAUAUAUAAUAGUUUAAGUGUAAUUAUGCCUCCGUUUACGUAAAAGUGAAAGAAAACAGCCCGUCAAGUGUUACGCGGCCAUUUUACUUGCAAUGCGGCAACGGUGUACAAUCCGCCAUUGGAAACGACCUGUGUCAAUUUCUGUGUGUAAGAUUUGUAUUGUGUAAAAGUCUUUGGCUUAAGAAUAAAGGAUGACCAUGUGUGAUAUGUGUGUGGUGCGGACUUUAGUGUAGUGGAGCACGGUGGUCGGGUGUUAUGAAUAAUGUGUGAAAGAUGGAAAACGAAGUGAAGCAGCGCAAUCAGAAAAACAGGCGAAGGGAAUGGGCACAGCGCAUGCAAGCACAGCGAGAAAGUAAAACUAAGGAUGGGGAUAGUGGUGAGGACGAGUCUCCGGCGAGAGAAAAGCCUCCUCGUCCUCCGGCCAGGAGAAAGAAAUCCAAGGAACCCCUCGGCGAAGAGGAUAUCAUCGAUGGUUUCGCCAUAAUGGCAUUUCGUACCUAUGAGGAUCUUGAGGCUACUGUGAAAUGUGUGUCCUCACCUCGAACACUCGCGCUGUCCACCAAGCCGAGGCUGCCGUUGGCUGCCCUGGCGGGUGACGCGGCUCGCAACCUCCCCACCAGCAACGGUCUUACGCUGCUCCAAGACGCCGGGACGUCGGACGAUAGCGGCCGAGCGUCGGAACGGCUCACGGGCAGCUCGGUGGCUCCUCGGGACCCCGACUCCUCGCGAGACCGGCUCAGUGACUGUGAUAGUGAGGGCGAAGAUGACAAGGCGAGUCCAGAAAAUAGUCGAAAUGCUUCACCGAGAUAUAUUGAUACGUCGAUGGAUGACGCAUCGGACGCGGGUUCUCUGUUCCGAGUGGCGGGGGCGGGCGCUGCCACUGUUAAGAGUGAGCUUGUGGCGCGCGGCGGCAGCGGGGGCGCGCUCGCUCUGUCGCGGGCGCCCGUCGGCGGCAGUGCCAGCCCCGCGCCCGCGCCGCUGCCGCAGCCGGCGCCCUCGCCCGCGCCUGCUGCGCUGCCGCCGCCCGCGCUGCCUCCGCCGCCCUUCCGCGCCGACACUCCGCACCGGCCCAGCGCCGCGCACAUUCCGGCCCUCGACGGCCAGGCCGCCACGCAGGAAACAGGCAGUCAUAUUCAAGCGUAA